AUGUCGGCAGAUGCGUCGGGACCUUCAGCAGACGACAAGGCUAGGUAUGAGGCCGCGAAGAAGGAGCUUGUACAGGCCAUUGGUAAGAAGAGACUCGUAGACCGUCAGCUUGCAGCACUCGAGACCCAAAUAUACAAGCUUGAAGGCUCAUAUCUUACGGACACAUCUCUUCAUAAUGGCGGAAAUAUCAUUCAUGGUUUUGAGAAUUAUCUCAAGACGCAAACGAACAAGAAGAAAUACGAGUUGAGCGAGGCCGAUCGGCUAUUCUCUACCAGCAGUCUGUCAUAUCUCAAGUCGAUGGAGUUGCUUGGAGAAGGGGAGGAAUCCGGGGACCCAACAGGUGACGAAUACAAGCAAUCCAAUUCCGGCAUGACCACUGUCGUCCUUCAGCCUGCUCCUCGACCUCUUGAUCUCACACCUGCGCAGGCCAAAAAACAAAGGGAUAGAGAAUACCAGAGAAAGAAGCGAGCUACGAACGCUAAUCGACGUAGUGCGGGUACUCUAAGCGAUGACGAGUCUGUGGCUACCACAACUACAGGCAGGCGGCCUACAAAGCGAGCGAGAAUGAUGACGGAAGAGGAAUGA